GCGAAUUGGCAACCAUUUCAAGUAUAUAAAAUGAAAGUCAAGGCGAAUUCUAAUUCUGUCAAGACGAAUUAAUUUGGCAAACUUCUUUAUAAAUGUAAACAAAUCAUUUUGCAGAAUUGUUAGUUACGUGCAUUAAAUUUACCAUUUUUACACAAUAUUAGUGCAUAAAUUAUUUCUUACUUAAACAUAUAAUAGGAAUGGCUGAAGUGGCACAAGAAAGACAACUUUGUGGUGAGGUGUAUAUAACAAAAACCAACUAUGUGUUGGUAGUGCAAUGCAAAUUUUGUGGCCAACAAUUUAGUGUUCAUGAUAAAUUUCUCAACCAUAUCUUUGAUAAUCAUUUCGAUGUCAUAGACGAACUUGAUGAUUACCAAGAUAUUUCAAAUGAAUAUGAUGAUAUCGAUGUUGGGCAAGCCGAGAAUGCUGGCCCGGAAGAGAAUUGUGUAUCAACUAAUGCUAGUGAGGAAUUCCAAAAUAUUGUCGAGAAUACGCUUUCAAAUGCCAGUGAAUGUGAAUAUAUGGAGGCAGAUAAUAUACUAAAGGAGGAAGAUAAUAUAUUAAAGGAGGAAGAUAAUAUAUUAAAGGAGGAAGAUAAUUUUAUUUCGGGGGAAGAAAAUAUUUUGACGGAAAUUGCUAUUUCAAAGUUGGAUAUGGACAACGAUAAACAAGACACUACAACCGUACAAGUUAUCAAACCCAACCGGAAGUGUAAAGCUUCAAAUCCCACAGAACUAAACGAAACAAAUAUUCGGCCAGUAUGUUAUAAAUAUCGUUCAAGAAAUGGUGAGGAACGAAAUUUUAAAUGUAAAUAUUGUGAAUACACAUUUGCCAAAAUAACGGUAUUGCGGAGACAUGAAGAGAGGCACAGCAAUAAUAAACGCCAUUCAUGCACAAUUUGUGACAUGAAAUUCUUCUCAAGCACAGAACGGACCGCACAUAUGAGACGACAUUCCGGCGAACGGCCUUUUGUUUGCACUUAUUGUGGUAAAAGUUACGUUACUCACAGCGCUUUAAAUAUACAUGAAAAACGCCACAAGGGCCAAAGGAAUCAUAAAUGCGAACAUUGUGAGAAAUGUUUUUACGAUGCCCAUCAAUUGCGUAAACACGCUGUGGUACAUACUAAGGAACGUAAUUAUUCAUGUAACCUAUGUCAAAGGAAAUUUACAAGAAGUAGUGCACUAAAAAUGCAUAUGAAAUUGCAUGAAAACGCACUACGAUAUCAAUGUAAAAUAUGUGAAGCGCGUUUCAAUCAGAAACCCACUUUAAUUUGGCACGAGAAAAGCAAGCACGGUUUAGUGCGUAGCAGUGGUGGUAACAACGUGGGCGGAACGCUACCGGCAUCGCAUAACGAUGAUAUAAUAUAUGAGUGUAAACGUUGUAAAGUAAACUUUGGAGAUAGAAGUGCGUUGUUAGAACAUCAACAACUUGUACACGCUAAAGCUGAUGCUUUGGCUACAUUUGAGGCACUCGAAGAAGUAGAAAGUGAAUCCAUAGAUUAUUCUUCUAUAUGAAUGGAAGAUCUAUUGUAUUUUGAUGCAUAAUAAAACACAUUAUUUAAAAAUGUAAAAGUUCCGCAAAGGAGAUCCUUGUAUACAUUAACAACGAGGUUUAUUGAGCUAUAUUUCGAUAUGUUCAUGCGGUUUUUGCUUGCAAAUUAUAAAAAAUAUUUUCAUCCUUCUAUUUUAUAAUCAGCUCAACUAUUUUAUUUCGUUAUAAAAAUAAGAAAAUUAAAUAUUUAUUUUAUUUAAACCAUGAUUGACAAAAUUAAUAUCAAAAUACCAAUUAAUUAAACUCAUUGAAGGUACUUUUUCUUUAAA